AAUACUCUUCUUAGUUCUUGUUCCCAUUCACCUUUUUUAGCUGCAUCGGAUUCCAGCUAGGACUAUGGUGUAACGUACGAAGGGUCCAGGAAAAUGGACUAACGACUAAAAGGAAUGUACAUUUACACAGGUGAAAAUGAAGCGGCGUGAAAAUAAGAAAAAGGGAAAUGGUUCCAAUGGAUCUAAUGUUGUUGCUCAGUCAGCUAGAAACUCCAAAGCAAGACGUAGAAAUGCUAACACAGUUUCUGAAGAUUCUGCUGAGAAUUCUCCUAGCAAUACAGGGAACUCUGCUAUUAAGUUUUCAGGGGAAGAAACUCAAAGCAACCUAAACCAGGAUUAUUCCCAUGAUCAAAAACUUUCCCCUGAAAGCGACAGAUCGUCUAAUUCUAAAAGCUCACUUGAUGAAGAUGAAAAGACUAAUUCUGAUACCCAAGAGUCUUUGGAUGCAAGUAAUGUCAGAAGGCUCCAAAAAAGCCAAAACAAGUCUGGGACUCAGCCACUUGCAGUUCCAACUGUUGCCACCGCAAGAGGUGGGAGAAAUAUUCGUCUGUCCCGUAAGGAUGCCACUUUAAAAUCUCAAACUAAAUCUAAAGGGAAAUCAAACAAUGACUCACCCCAAACCUCAAACACACACUCUCCUUCAGAGAUAAAACUAGAAUCAGACUCUAUAAUGAAUGUUAAUUCAUCAGCAUCUCCCAGCAGGACUGGUAAUCAGAUGCUGAUUAAACAGGAAUCAUCAACAGACUUCAACCGCUCUGGCUCCAGAGUUUUGACCUCUACACCAACUUCAGUGAUGGGGAAAAUUGUUUUUACUCAGCCUCUUUUACCUCAGACUUCAGCUCCCAUUUCUGAUUCAAUGGCAGUCAUGAACAGCAUGUACUUGAAAACAUCUGUUAGCUUAGCUCCCACAAACUUGGUGACUAACAGCAGCUAUGGGGGCAAUGAAGUGAAUGUCAGCCCAUAUAUGACUUCUAUGGCAAUGUCUGCAGAUGGCACUAACUUGGUGCCUUUUACAGAUUAUGCUCAAAAAUUGUCUCUUGUGAGUAAUGUUCCCCAGGCUGGAUAUGUAAAACUUUCUAAUUAUCAAGUAGACAUGCCAGUGAGUUCUACAUAUUCUUCUAUUCCAACUAGGAUUAACUUGCAGACCGUGUCAGGUAUAAAUACACAAAACCAGACACCUCUAUCCUCAAUUCUUCAUGUGGCAGGAGGUGAUUCAGUGGCAACUGUGUCUAUUCUUGGUCAACAGCUUAGUGGGGGUAUGAGAUUAAAAUCUGGCACCCCAUCAUCAUCAGGAGCGGCAAUGACCCUAGCUAAUAUGUCACUCUCCACACCAUCGCCUCUUUCAUCUUACUCGUCUGUGCACCCAGACAGUCAAGGUAGAUUAUCUAUUGGGGAUCAAGCUGUUUUUCAGCAUGAGAUGGUCUCUAAUCAAAAACAGACCCACCAUGAUAUUGAGAAAAAGCACAUAGCCAUUCCACCCAAGAAAAGGAAAGCUGCAGAAAUAGAUGAGUUUCCUACUUCUCCUGCUUUGAAUGUCUCUGCAUUAGCAACAGGCUCAUUGAUGGGGCCAGCAGCCAAAAAACCCUUGCUUGAUUUGAGAGACUGGAAGAACCUUAGAGUGUUGGCCAAGAGAAAGGGUGUAUUUGAAGUGGCUGUAAUCAAGUGGAUCCACCAAAACAAUCAGGACAUAAAUGUUGAAUUUGAUUCAGACCAUGAAGCCAUGAUCUUCUCAAAUGUGUUUGACCCACAUAACUGUUUACUGGUUGGUGACAACUAUCCACAGCCAAAUGCACUUACUGUUGGUCGUGUUGUUUGUGUUAGGGUCAACCAAGAAACAAACAUAUUUCACGAAGGGAUCAUCGUUGAAAAACGUCUCAACCCAGUGACAUUUCGGAUCAAGCUUAAAAAGAAUAAUGAACCAUAUCACUACAGAGAUAACAUGCCAGAAGAAAUAAGUUCCUCUCGGGUUAAUAUUAGACUUCUUCAGCCGCCAUGGCAUGAUGACCUGGAAGAUGUUACUGCAGCAAGUGUGAGCAAUGCAGGUGACAGCAGUGAACUUUGUUUUUCCCCUGUUGCACAGCUUCAUAACUCAGCAAAUCAGGUUGGAGUAAUGUACCGCCAAGAGAGGCCUGUCUCUUCCAGUGCUGGCUCUAUUGAGCAUGCAGACACUUCCGAUGAUGACAUGAUGAAUGACUCUAUAAGCUUUGAUUCCUCUGGCAUGAGCACACCCAGAUCUGGAAGUGCUACCCCUGGAUCUGGUUCCAGGUCACAAAAUGGGCGAAGAAACCCACCCAAGAAGCGUGACCCCGAUCGGAGUAGAAGUGCACAGUCGACAGAGAGCUCUCGGUCUAGUACUCCUAGGUCACCUUUGAAUGGCAAAUACAAGAAAGGGGAUGUGGUUAGUGCCCCCAAUGGAGUUAGAAAAAAGUUUAAUGGAAAGCAGUGGAGAAGGUUAUGCUCUCGAGAAGGGUGUACUAAAGAAUCUCAGCGACGGGGAUAUUGUUCCCGGCACCUCUCGCUUAAAGGCAAAAAUCUGAGGCCAGCCCCUCCUUUCUCUGGGUGCAGACAGAUUCCAUUAAAAGAAGGACAAAUGGAGUGGUCAGGUGAAGGUCAGCAAGAGCAAGACAGAGAAAGGCACAUGUCACACAGAUUUGAUAUGGAUGAAACAGAAGCGGCCAACAUGCUUGUAUCUUUAGGGAAUUCCCGCUCUACAAGUCCUUCUUUUUCCCCUAGCCCUGCCCAAAGUGGCCUAACUUCCAUGCAGUCUCCUACUGGACCUUACAGAUCCACUUCAUUUACCCCCAUUUCACCACACACCAACCCUCAGGGGCCUCCUGGCUUUGUAACAUCCCCUGCAAAGAGCUGGAGCUCCAAGUCAGGCAGCUCUUCGUCGGACCAUGUCUCUCCCAUAACACCAAGAUUUCCACCAACUGUGAAUGUUUUUCAGCCUCAGGCUGUUGAUCCACGCCUGUUGUCCAAAUCCAGAACCUCAAUAGCCCUAGUUAAGCAAGAUUCUGGACAUAGCGAGGACUCUGGGGUAGAUGUGCAUACACCCAAAUCUGCUGGGCCUGUGUCGAAGCCCCCCUCCUCUGGUGCCUUGUUUGGAGCUGUCAAUUUAAGUAGUACAAGACUGGCAGUGGAACAUCAGCAGUCACCAAUAGUUAGGCAGCUAAGCUCCAUGCCAGGACAAUUAGAAAGGCAAAGAUUUGUCUCUGAGCCUGGAAGACUUGCAUCUCCUAGUGCUGGUGCCACCACUGUAAUCCGAACAAGACAACUGGAACAGCCAUUUGCAGACAAUAUUUACAACAGUGUCCAGCAAGACAGGUUCCAGCAGCCAAAGGGGACUCCUCUUGACCUCCAUAAUCAGACUAUAGUGCGAAGAGAGACCAUAGAUUUAUCCCCUGGGCAAUCCAGGGGGCAGCCAAUGAGUAGUGACCAGUCAAUGUUGAUAAUGCAGCAGUCAUCUCAGAGACAUUAUACUAAUCAUUCCAGUUCUGGGGGAACUCAGCUGACCAUCGGGGCUGUUAAGUCCUUGCCCAGCAGUCACAAACCUGUGUCCACCCCUACUGCACUGUUACCAGUGAUGACCCCCAACAGUAACGUCUCCAUGGAAGAGAACAACAGAUACCCACAUGGUAAUAAAGUCUACUCUGAACGCAGAAGUUCCAUAGAGGAAGAGGAACUAUCCAGAGAAGUUGAAGCUCCUAAAGAAGUCAGGGUGUAUCCAUGGCAGUGCCUUGUCCCCUACCUUAACAUUUCCAAUAUUACUGCCCUACCUCGUGCUGAGACGCCUCCACCGCCCAGCAGCCAUGGCCAGCCACCUCCUCAGCCAACCACUAGUGCCCAGCCAGCAUCCAAUGCCCAGUCUGUGCCUCCAACUAGUGAAAGUGAUAAAUUGACUGCACAGGCCACAUCAGAGAGUGGGUUCAAGCCAGAUGAGGAUCUGGAUGAUGAUGUUGAUGAUGAUGAUGAUGUAUUUGAGCCAGAGGUGGAGUCCUCUAAGAAAAUUUCACCUAAAUCUCAGGCCAAACGUAGGUCACAGUCUCUUAGUGCUCUCAAGGAUGAGAAAACAAAAAAGACUAAAGAUCACAUCCGUCGUCCUAUGAAUGCAUUCAUGAUCUUCAGUAAGCGUCACCGUGCCAUGGUGCAUGAGCGUCACCCAAAUCAGGACAACCGAACUGUUAGUAAGAUUCUUGGAGAGUGGUGGUAUGCCUUGGGUCCAGAUGAGAAACAGCUAUAUCAUGAUUUAGCAGCCAAGGUAAAGGAAGCCCAUUUUAAAGCCUAUCCAGAUUGGAAGUGGUGCAGUAAAGACCGAAAACGUUCCAGCACCAUAGCAGCCACCCUAAGCAAACAUCAAGAUGGAAGGCUAAGUUCAACUGAUGACAGCACUGACCUCUUGGGAGUACCAAGUGAGCCAGCAACCCCAACGGAACGCCAAUCUGGGUCACAGGACUUGCUGUCUUCUAGACAGUUUUUGAAGCAGACCAGCCUGGAAGAUCACAUUUUCGAUGAGCCCAUUUUGUUGUCACGACAACGACCCCACAGUCUUUCAGCUGUGCCGAGAGAUGAGGAUGCCAGUAGUGCCUUUGUGCCAUUUGUGCCAGCACCCAGCCCCAACUUUAAGAAGAAGGAUCAGCCAGUAGUAUCUAGACCUCCACAGCAACCACCCCUACAGCAGCAAGUGAGCACACCCAAGCAUAGAACACCUCCAUUGCCUCGUAGGACCUCCAUCAAAAAUGAGGAUGAUGACAGUGAUGAGGACUCCAAGAUGGUCAUUUGUGAAGAAGGGGACGACCAUCCCAGUAUUGAUCUGAACUGCCAGGAACAAGUGUCUGACUCGGCCACAGAGAGUGAUAAUGAUGAUGAGAUGCUCAUUGAAAACAAAGCUUUCCCACAGCAGAGGUUCUCACCUGUCAUGAAGCAGGUAACCCAGUCAGAAGUUCACCAUCCCAAACCUAUCAAGCCUGUAUCUGGUAGCGGGGGAAACAGCUUCAGUGUCAUGCCUUCGUCUGUCAGUGUCACCAGUGGCUGCUACAACAAUGGUGCUGCUAGUGAUUUGGGCAAGCACCACCCCAAGGAUCUUCACUCCAGUCUGCCUUCACUUCAGAUGGCCACCAAGGAAUCUUUGAGCCUUCCUAGACCAUCCAGCACUGGCUCAGGUUUUCAGCCUCGGGGAGAGAACUUCCAGGCCAACCAAAAGUCUAAAAAUCAGAGAAUGAUGUCUGUUGGCAGUGCAGAGAAUCUGGUCCAGAGUGCGGCCUCUGGUAGUCACCGACCUGAACUCCAGUCCUCUCGUAGUGAAGAUAUUCCUGAUUCCCCCAAGACUAGCAACAUAGGUUACACAAGUCAUCAAACUGUCGAAAAUUUAGGUGGUAUGAAAAUCCACAAUAUCACUGUAACCCAAGAUGAAAGACAGCAGAUAGUCAUGUCCAGUAACAUGCAGACCACGCUAGGGCGCCAGGAUGGUCCUAUGCUUGGCAAAAUGUCUAGAACCAGGGGAUUGAGAGGACAGGUUAAUUCACAGCAGACUCCAGCUAAUAGUCAGAGCAACAACCUGCCAACAUCCCAGCAUCAAGUCCCCCAAGGUUCCUACAUCCAGAUCACAGCUACUACAGGAACAAUGCAUCUAAUGUCAGGAUCCCAGAUAAUAUUGAGCAACUCCAGUGCUUCUGAAUCAUCUGUUAGCCCCACAUUUGCCACUACUGUAAAACCCAUUUCUACACCAGUACCUAUUGCUUCCAAGCCACCCCCUGCCUCACCAUCGCCGGGUGCAGCCAGCAACAUGAAACCGACCAUCACCAGCAUCCAGCCAGCUCCCAGCCUCCAGCCACUACCACAGCAGGGCUUGAAGGGCAACAUUGGGACCAUAGUGCUGCAGAGCAAUCCCUUUGUCACAGUCAACAGGCUACAGGCUCCAGCUGGUCUUGCAUCUCAAGGUUUUAUGACGGCAACACUAAGGAACGUUGGGCCUAACCAGGCAGCUCCACAAGUUCAGCAGCCUGCACAAGUUCAGCCUCAGGCCAUGUUUACAACAGGACUUGUUCUUAAAGCCAACCCCAGCCCCUUGAGUCAGCAGCCAGGCAGCAUACAGACUCUAAGCUUUACACCUGGACAAGCUAGCCAGCAGCCCACACAUGUUAGGUAUAUACUGCCAUCCCUUCAGGUCCAGGGUGCAGCACAAGGGAGCAAGGCCUUGCAGAUGGCCCUCUCUGGUGCAUCCAUUCAGCCAGCCAACAUUCUAGCUGUAGCCAGCCCUGCAUCCCCUGGUCAGGCCAGCCCUAUACCCCAAGGAAAGAUUCAGAUACACAAAGUUGUGACAUCACAGCCACCAAGUUCUCAGCAGCAGCAGGUAGCAAUGUUAGUCCAGUCACCAGGGACUAUUACAUCAGGCGGCACUCAGAAGAUGCAAAUUUCAACUGGAACAUUCGCCCAGCCCAUUGUUUGCUUGUCUGUUGCACCGUCCUCUAACAUUCCAGGUCUUCAGUCAGGGGGCAGCACAGUAGUGACCCAGGCAGCAACCUUGGUUCGCCAAGGUCAACAGAGGGUCCUGUUGCCACAGAAAUUGAGUUACUUGCCACAAGCCAUGACCUUGGCCCCUGGUAAAGGGGAGACUAUUCAGGGUGUUCAUUACGUUCCUGCCUAUGUUAGCUCAGGUCAGCACUUGAUUGUACAACCCUCACAUAACCCUGCCCUAAGUCAAGCAGCAAACAUGCAGCACAAUUCUGGGGGUGGUCCACCCCAGCCAGUGACAUCGCUGGGCAAUGUCACAUCGUCCACAGCAUCUCAGCCACAACUGACACUGAGGCCUGUGCAGGCUCUGAUGACAGCCCAGCAGCCCCCUCAGACCACUAGUGCUGUGUUAUACCAAGGUAACAUGAGCAUCAAGGCCAAUGUGAUGAGCAUGCCAACAGAAGGCAAGGCAGCAGACAUAGGCUUCAUCAGCAGCCCCAACUUUCACACAAAGUCCAACAGGGUGAAGGCCACCACAGCUCAUGUCCCUGUGGCCACGGAGUCUCUCAAGCCUCCCCCAGCUCAGUGUAAUAAUUCACCCAGAGGUCAAGUGGCUGUCAACUCACCAAUGGCCAGUCCAGCCUCCACACCAUCUCCAUCCCCUGGACUUACCCACCAGUCUCAGAGUCCUGGACUGGGUCAUUACAGUCAGCAGUUUACACCAAGUCCUGGCCAUCCUAGAAGUACACUGGUCACUUCUGAGAGUCAGCAACAAGGUUUGACAGAGGACAGUAAAGGCUCACCUGCCAAAGGGAAGAAGUCAACUAAAAAAGUUCGAAUGAUGACCCCUGAGUCAGGAAAUUCUCCUAUAACAUCAGCUGCAUCAGAUUAUCCAUCACAGUUUGGUCACAGCAACACUCCACCAAACCCACUUCCCCCACUGGCACAAGCACAUCCAAUUAGCAACUCAUCCUCAAUUACAGCAGACCAAGAAGUGAUUUCACCACCAGGACAGGUAAAGCCCAAGCACAAACCCCCACCUCUGAAUGUCCCCUCCCAUGUCCAGCAGUCACUUAGUUCCACCAAUUCACCUACUGUGGCUAGUAGUCCUCGGAAUAACUUUCCAAAGAAGAACAAGGAUGAUGGUAUGGACAGGGUACUUGAGCAAGUUGAGUUUGAAAAGCACUUCCAGUCCCUGCCUAAAUAUGUUCCUGAGGAGUCUGUCUCCACAACACCUUUACCACAGUCUCCUAGAGGAUUUAUCAAUGUUUACAAACAGAAGAGCAAAAUCUCAAAUCUGGCUAAAGGUGAAGGACAAGACAAUGACCCCAACAAACACUCUAGUGAGUCAGAGACAGCUACCCCUACACCAAAGACACCCAAAAGUACUCGGCCAGAUGACCGGAAAUUUUUCCCAGAAAACUUCAGCAUUGAGCAUGUUACAGGAAUGUCAAGCACCAAACUGUUUGAGUUUGAUAAUGAUCCUAAUUCUCCACGUACACCAAAGACUCCAAGUUCACCUGGUGCUUUUUCCAACAGAAGAAUUUUGGACCAGAGACGUCAUCUGGUCAUGCAACUGUUUGAAGAAUAUGGACUGUACCCAACAAGUCAAGCUACAGUAGCCUUUCAAACCAAACAUGCUGACAUAUUCCCAAACAAAAGCUGCUUGCAACUCAAAAUAAGAGAGGUCAGACAAAAAAUGAUGCUGUCAGUACAGAACACACCAAAGACACCCACCACUCCAUCAGCUGCUGGCUUAUCAUCACAAGAUGAUAACAGUCGGACAUCAAGACCAUUAUCCAUGCCAUCCAAUCCUCCAUUGACACCUUCAUCGUCUUCAGGCUCACUCUCAGUUGGAUCAUCACUAAGCACACCGAAUCUGACAACAACUAGCCGAAGGGCCUCCCCUUUGGCUAAGUCACCACUUCCCUUUAACAAGACUCAGUAGUUUAGUCCUAGCAAGACUAUAAGAUUAAAAGUGACAUUUAGAAGAGUUUGAAUAUGUGAUAUUAUUUUUAUUAAUCCUUAAAACCAUAAAAAAAAAAACAUUUUUAUUCCACUUUGGGCAUUAAUGGUUGCUGUAGAAUCAAUACAGAGGCAGCCAUUGGUUUGAGUUGUUAUAGUUGAGAAUUGGGAGCUUACAUUAUUUGUGUUGCAUUGUUUUUACACUUGGUAGUAAUUCUUAGCUUAUGAUUAAAUAUUAAACUUUCUAGAGAUAUUAUUUCAAACUUUCAAUGUUGAAUUUUAAGUGAUGUCCUAAGACCUUGAUUAUCACAUACCAGCAAAAUGUUUCUUUAUAGCCGCACGUUGUUGCUGAAUGUGCACAUUUUCUACAGUGGUUCAAGUCGAAUGGAACUUUUUUUUUUGAAUCAAUUCCCUAGCUCUGUAGUCCAAGAUGAUCUUAGACUAUUUCUUGCUCUCCUUUGUGUCCUUGUUACUGCCUCUAAAAUUUUAAACUUUUUGAGAACAUUUUCAUUUUUUUGACAUAGCAUUAGAACUGGAUGAAGUUUCUAUUAAUAUCAUCCAAGAAUUUGCUAAUCUCAGGCCUAUUCAGUGUUGGCCAAGACUCUGCUAAUCUUUAAAAUUGCACAACAUAGCCAGAUUACAAGGACUGCUCUUUAUAAUAGGUAUUUCCUCAAGUAAAAGAGCUAUGCCUACUAUGCUGUUAACUAGUGUUUUAGUUGUUUGUGCUUGACUUCAUCCUGCUUGUCUUAUUGUACAUUAUUUGUUUGAGCAUUUUGUGUGUGUGUAAUCUUUAUAGUCAUUUGUGAAAUGACCUUGUUUAUUACAAAUUAUUGUUAAGUUCCAUAAUGUCAUUUACAUCAGAGCCUAAUUUUGAAAUCUAAUAAUGUUAUUUCUUGGGUUUUAAUUAAAACAUUUUCUUAGUGUUUCUGGACAAAUUGUAUAAAGUAAUUAAUUUUAACAUGCUCUCUACAUUUUACACUUGUAAAACUUGUAUGUUUGGUUAUCGGUUUAAACAAAUUUUUAAAUAAAACAAUGUAUUCAAUGUACAAGAUGAUAUACAUCCUAGCCAAACAACACACAAGCUCAAUGUCUCUUAGUAGUUUAUAUGCUUUAUAUGUGUCAAAGAAAUAUUUGGACUGGAAAUGUAUGAAUCAAUUCAGCUCUAAACUCUUGUUUAGUGAAUAGUUUUUUUUCCCUGUAAUGUAUUUUGUUUUGCCCAUUUUUUUAUUUCAAUAAUGUUAUCAAAUUGAGGAAAAUAGUGGUAAACAUUGCAGGCAAGCACAAAAGUUACAGUGACUAAUAUUGAAAGGAAGAUCUUAUUAUUGUUGUACUGGGGAUAAAGUGUACUUUCAAUUAUUAUCAAAUACUUUAGGUAGUUGCUUUUAUUUUUCAUAGGCAGAUGGAUUCGUAAUGAUAAAAUAUUUGGUCAGUUCUGUCACUGCUAAUGUCCUCAUCCUUUGAAUGUCACUCUCCAUGCCUAUCACUUUCAUUUGUAAGAAUUGAGUUGGUUAUCACGCCCAAUGGACUUGCUAUGUUGUAGACAAUGCUAUUCUGUACUGGCCCAAACUCCUCUAGCAACUCUUUCCCUUCCCCCCCUAAAGUACUUGUUGUUCCCUCAGCACUUGUUGUUCCAUCAGCACCCUGUAUAUAUCUAUAUAUAUCUAUAAACACAUCAUUAAUUUGUGCCAUUGUACAUUUGAACUUUUAUAUUAUAAACAAAAAAAAAUAUUUUUUGUUGUUGAAGCAAAAAUCUAUAUCAAGUUUAAAACAAAUGUUGAUCUGUAUAUUAUUUUACUUCUAAAAAAAAUAUCCAUAGUCUUUCCUGUCAUAUGUCAAUUAAUUCUUCAAUGUAUGUUAUAGCAUUGCACUAACUCUGGAGUACUAUCUUGUUUGGAUGUGUUGUGUGAUGGUGACACUGUGUGGUGAAGAUUACCUGACAUUUUUAUCUCCACAUAAUGUAUCUUGUUAGAACAAAUAUCAUUCACCCCAUCUACUUCUUUUCCACAUCAUUUGUCUUUUACUGGUUUUGUUUUGUAAGCUGUUAACCAGAUUUAGUACAUGUUUGUUUUACAGUCUGCAAGGGUUAAAAGUAGAUCUAUCCAUGAUAAUUUCUUAACAGUUGUACUAGCUCUUCCUGGCCAACAAAGUUUUAUCAGGUUUUUCAUAGAUGGCCAUGUAUCAAAAUUGUUUUUAAUGUGGUAAAUGUCUAAAAAUAUGGUUAGCAUCAAAGUUGGCAGUAUCUAUACUCCAGGUCAAAUUCAAAAUUAUUUUUUUUCUUGAGCACAGGCACAACUCCUUUGAGUCUUAUUUAUGAAACGUCAGGAUACAUUUGUCUUAAACUGAUGAUAAACUGUACAAAUGUUAUUUGUACUUAGGUUUUAAGGGGAUGUAGAGUGCAAAUGAACUAGAUAAGAUGGGUAAAUUAUUUGUCAUUGUUUGAACAGUAGUUCCAACUACUUAAGAGACUUGUUUAUUCAAGUAGCCCAGUAUGUAGACCUAGAGUGAAAAAAAUAUUGAAUUAUCUUUUUAUUCCUUUUUUUUUUCAAAUAUGAGAAAGUAAAGCUAGUAUCAUCAUGUAGACUCUGAACAGUAAUAAACCAGCUUUCAGUGUCCAUUAAUUGAUCAACAAAAUGUUUGCACCUUAGAGCAAGUGAAGAAAGUCAACGUCUUAACACUCUAAAAGAUGUUCAAUGAUUUUCUUAACUUCUGACUUGUGAUGAUCAAGAGUUUAUUUUGUGUCUAUAAUCUUUUGAGAUGUCUAAGCGAUAACUCUUCAUCGCUAUCGAAUUCCCUCAGUCCCCUGUCUCAUUUGAUGUCUCUCCUUGUGUAUGACUCCUUCCUAAUGGCCUUCUUAAUGUAUUUUCUUUUCAUUAUAGUUUUAGCUUAUUGUAAAUCAAAUAUUGUGAUACUAAUGCCCUCCUCCAUAAAUCUGUUCUAUUUAAAAUAAAGAAGAAUUAGGGUGAUCACUAAGGCAUCUUUUUAUAAGCCAUUCAAUCCAUUCUAGCAUCGAUUUGAUAGACUUUAACAAAGAUUUAGUAAAGUGCGCUAAUACAGUGAACAUUAAUUUUGAGUGUUCACGCAUUAAAAAAAUCAAUUAACAUCCUUAUUUUAGUUGAACUUGAGUAGUAGGAAGUAGUACAAUUGGAACAAAAGCUUAUUUUUUUCUCAUAUGUAUGAUACAAAUCAACUUUAAUUAAUGGAAUGCUAGAAUCGAGAUAUUUUUUUACUCUUUAAGUUCCCCUUUCAGAUAAUGCAGUAUUAUUUUUUUUCAGCUAGGGACAAUAUAAAUUUCCAACUGGCAUGUCACUGACUACAAUAAAAGAAAUGUUGAGUGCAUUGGAACUGAACACCAGUGGCUUUAUUGUCCAGUGGCUUUAUUGUGCAUUAUUUGGACUUGGAUAUUAUUUAUCUUCAAAUCUGAAGGAGCAUCUGAAACAUGUAAAAGAAAACAAUAAAACAUUUUGCCUGAUAUCACUUGUAAACUAUUGCCUGAAUGCCUUUUGCAGAAGUCAUAAAUAAUGUUGAAGUAAAACAACUAUGUCCCUGAACUUAAUCAACUGUGGUUGAUCUAUUAGAUGUUAGUGAUCACCUUAAUUGAGAUUGACCUAGAUAUUCCUUGUGUACAUUAUUGUGGUACUAAUGAUGUCCUUCCAGCCCUUUGCACUUUCAUUGUAUCACUCUAAUAAAGGUGCUUGGCUUAAAGAGUCAUUGAAUUAAUGAAUCAGUAUGUGUGAAUGGACAUUUUUCUUUUUUUUUUUUUUUUAAAAUUAUUCACCCACUGAUCCAUUAUUUUAAGGGGAACAAAAAAAUUUUUAACUUCAAAUGACAAAAUGCUUGCCACAAUGGCUGUCAAACAAACAAAAAAGAAUACUUUGAUGUCAUUCAUCGGGACCAGUUCAAUAAUAAAUGUAAACUUUUAGACUAAACCAAACAAAAAAAAAGAAUGCAUAUGCCUUGUGUGCCAUGUUAUGUAUACUUACAUAUAGGUUAGUGAAACAUUUCAUUGCAGCUAUAUAAAACAAAAUUCACACUAUAUAUUUAAUUGUCUUGUAAAAUGCUUCCUUUAUGAUCUAUACAUGUAUUUCUAAUAUUUCAAAACUAAUUUCAUUAAGUCCAAGCCUUGCUUUGUAACCAAAAGAGAACUUUAUAUUUGUAUUGAUGCCUUUUGGUUGAAUUAGCCAAUGUUGUUGUUUUCAAUGAUCAUGCUACUCACACUAAAAACUGUUAACAUAAUGCAGGUCAAGUAUCAGAAAAUUUCAAAGCUGACAAAAAGCUUUUUUAAAUUUAAUACCAUCACUUGUAUAGGGAGCAAAAAAUUAAUUCAAAAGUUACUUUUGUGUUUAAUUAAAUUUCUAUUUUUUUUAUUUUUUUUUUAGCUAUUUUGAUUUAAUGUAAAGCACAAAAAUACAAAAGGCUUUUAUAUAUUACAAGUGUUUCACAAGAGAGAAACACUAUUACUUUAACUAUUUGUUUGGAAAACUAACUACUAAAAAAAAUGACAAUUAUAGCAAAAUCAAAAAAAAAAAAAAAAAAGAGUAUUUCACUCUGAUAUUUAAAAAGGUAAUAUUUAUCUAUUUGAAAACAAACUCUUUAACAUAAGUCACUGCCAUUUGAAUUUUUGAGAUAAUUGUCCGCUUUGAUUUAUGGAAAGCAGCAAAGAUGUGUUCCUACUGUUAGCAAAUUUAUGUGAAAAUAGAGAGUUUUAAACUUUUCUUGUAGAAUUUCUGAACAAUUAUGUUCUAUAUAUUCCAACUAGUUUGUUUAGACUAUGUUUUAGUAAAUUCAUAAAAUCAGUAACCCUAACAAGUAUUGUCUUCAUUCCAAUCAUGACUUUGAGUGACCCUGUCCUCAUAUCAAAAUGCAUAAUUUUGUACUUAAAUUAAUUUUUUAGCCCAUUUUUUUUUAUAACUUUGAAAUGGGCAGCAAAUUUCUUGCAUUGUAGAAAGCAAAAAUAUUUCACUAGGCUUUUCUUAGCUCCUUUUUUUUUUUUUUGUAAUGCAUAGUCUGUAUAGAAGAGUACACUAACCCAUUGUGUAAUGAUGAAGAGAGUCAGAAUGUCAAAGUAGUGUGCUCUUCAAAAAAUAAAAAAUCUUAACAACAUUCUUGAGUAACUUUGCAGGUCUUAUUUUGCCAGCAGUAGUUAAAUUUUGGAAACAAAAAAAUGUUUAAAACUGUUGAUGAUUCUGCAUUUUUAUAGAUUUAAUUUCAAUUUUUUUUUUUAUUGGAGUUGAUUUCCAUGAAUAUUAAACAUAUGGAGUUCCUCUGAUUAAUAAACCCUACUAACCUGGAUUACUGGGUCAGUUUAUUUUUAAUAUAUAAUAUAGUUUUUAAUAAACUACAUAGAAGUAAAAAAAAAAAUUUGUUAAAAUUAUACUCUCUCCAACUUGGUGUCUAGUAUAAAUCACGUAACAGAACUUUUUUUUUUCUUGUUUUUUUUUAAUCUUAGCCAUAAUCUAUAUUUGCUUUUAAUAUUUGUUCCAUUCACUGAGCUCUUCAUCUAGAGAGUCUGUUGUGUUCAGAACAUGGAGCCUUUUAAAAGUAAUAAUUAAGUUAUGAAUGAAUAAAGCAAAGUGCAAGUGCAAUUCAUAUGUGACAUAAACAUUCUUUUGGCCUCAUUAUUUAAUCCCAUUGAUUAUAUAAAUAAACAUCAUGUUUAAUUCUGAGAUUUUAUUUUUUCUUUCACUAACAGAAUUAUUUUUUUUAAAUAACAUAAGCUCAUUAACAAGCCCCUUAAACAUUUCACUCGAGUCAAAUGAAAUGUUAGAAAACAUUAGGUGGUUUUGGUGAAAAUAAAGAUAUUAAGGAAAGUUUUUAGAAUCUCUUAAGCUGGAGGCUUUAUUUUGGUAGAACUAGAAUUACAAAUAGUUCUUGGCAAUGUAUGAAAAUUCUUUGAAAUCUAAAAUGAUUAGGAGGCAACUAUUUUGAACUUUUUUUUUUUUUUUUUUUUAGUUUACACCAUAAAUUUAAAUCAUUGAACAUUUUACAGGAGUUAAUUUUUUAAAGACCUAAAAUUUAAGCUUAAAUGAAUUUGUUUUUAAAGUGAAGGUUUGAUGUAGAUUCUAUUGUUGAGUGAAAAAAGUAUAGGCUUUGCCUGUCUCUGCAUAGAGAGAGCUAGAGUUGGACGAGAACCCAAUGUUGUGUGUGUAUUUAUGUAUUUGGUGUGUAAGAAUUCUUGUGUUGGUGGCUUCAAGUGUGUAUGAAACCUUAUGUUAAUGGAGAGUAUGGAAAUACCUUUUCAUUUUCGUUGGCUGUGUUUUUAGUUUUUUUUUAAAUUUUAAUGCAAAGUUGAACAGUCUGCACGGCCAUCACACACUUUGUAUAUAGAUGUUUACUUCAAGUCCACCGAAUAGGAUAACUGGAGUAUGUAUUCAGGGCUGUGGCCAUUUUGUUUUAUCCUAUUAAUGUUAUGCAAAUAAAAAUGGUUUAUUCCUUGAUAA